AUGGGGGAGGUGAACUGGAUAAAGAAGACAUCUAGUGAUGAUCAUGUAAGGAAAAAUGUAGCAACACAUCACAAAGAACAAGAUUGUUUGGGGGAAACAGAGAAAUCGUUGCAUCAGGUUGUUGAAAGUCAAAAUGAGGUGCCCAAGUGUUCAAAGGUCACAAGUUCCCCUUUUACCAUUGUUCAUAUGAAAAUGAAACGAUUGAAGUUGAUAUUGGCACAAUGGAGCAAAGUCACUUUUGGCGACAUAUUUAAAAAAAUUGCAACUUUGGAGGAUGUGAUUAAAGAAAAGGAGGUGCAGCCAGAGAUAGCACCUACAGAAGGAAACAAAGCUGAAUUCAGUAAAGUGAAUGUAGAUUUAAAUAGAUAUAGGAAAUUGGAAGAGGAGUUUUGGAAGCAAAAAGCCGAUAGGAGGUGGUUUAAGGACGGAGACAGUAACACAAAGUUCUUCCAUGCAUAUGCGUAUGGUUUUUUUCAGUCAUCAAGGGGGCUGAAGCAGGGAGACCCGCUCUCACCCACUUUGUUUAUUAUUGCGGCUGAAGUUUUAUCGAGAAGCCUAAAUGGUUUGUUUGAAGAUUCUGAGUUUAGAGGUUUUGGAAUGCCAAAGUGGAGUCCACAAAUUAAUCACCUUUAUUAUGCUGAUGACACUAUACUAUUCUUCUCAGGGUAG